GCCGGGUUGGUCCAUGGUGCCACUGUGAGGGACAUUGGAUGACUUUGUGCCGUGUUUAGCCGGGGUAUUCGCCUUAGCUCAUUAAUUUUGACAGGGGAAGAGAUCGUCAACGCGAUGGAGGCUCUUAUUCCUGUCAUUAACAAACUCCAGGAUGUUUUUAACACAGUCGGGGCGGAUGUUAUCCAGCUGCCUCAGAUUGCAGUGGUGGGAACGCAGAGCAGCGGGAAGAGUUCAGUGCUGGAGAGUUUAGUUGGCAAAGACCUCCUGCCCCGUGGGACGGGCAUCGUCACCCGCAGGCCUCUCAUCCUCCAGCUGGUGCACGUAGACCCAGAGGACAAAAGAAAGACCGGCGAGGAGAACGACCCCAAUGUGUGGAAAAAUGGGCGCCUUUACAAAGGAGUGGAUGGAGAAGAGUGGGGGAAAUUUCUACACACCAAAAACAAGAUCUACACAGAUUUUGAUGAAAUCAGGCAAGAAAUUGAAAAUGAAACUGAAAGAGUUUCUGGAAAUAACAAGGGGAUCAGUGAUGAGCCAAUUCACCUGAAAAUCUUCUCACCACAUGUUGUCAAUCUCACGCUGGUGGAUCUGCCUGGCAUCACAAAGGUCCCGGUGGGAGACCAGCCUAAAGAUAUCGAGCUGCAGAUCCGUGAGCUGAUCUUAAAAUACAUCAGCAAUCCCAACUGCAUCAUUUUAGCUGUCACUGCAGCGAACACAGACAUGGCCACCUCUGAAGCUCUGAAAGUGGCCCGUGAGGUGGAUCCAGACGGUCAGCAUACUAAAAUAUUGAUUGUUCAAAUUGAUAUACAAAACAUAUACAAAAGGGUAAAAAAAAAAAAAGAAAAGAUGACUAAAUGUCUUAAUAGGAGUCAGCUGGAUAUCAAUAAUAAGAAAAGUGUGGCAGACUCCAUCCGUGAUGAGCAUGCCUUCCUGCAGAAGAAAUACCCCUCCCUCGCCAACAGAAAUGGAACCAAGUAUCUCGCCAGAACAUUAAAUAGGUUAUUGAUGCAUCACAUUAGGGACUGUCUACCAGAGCUGAAGACACGUAUCAAUGUUUUAGCAGCUCAGUAUCAGUCCCUGCUCAGCAGCUACGGCGAGCCGGUAGAGGACAUGAGCUCCACCCUGCUGCAGCUCAUCACAAAGUUCGCCACUGAGUACUGCAACACUAUUGAAGGAACGGCCAAAUACAUUGAAACUGCUGAACUGUGUGGUGGUGCAAGAAUUUGUUAUAUUUUUCAUGAGACGUUUGGUAGGACACUGGAGUCGGUCGAUCCUCUUGGAGGACUUACAACCAUAGAUGUCCUCACAGCUAUUAGGAACGCUACAGGUCCCCGUCCUGCGCUGUUCGUGCCCGAGGUGUCGUUUGAGCUGCUGGUGAAGAGGCAGGUGAAGCGUCUGGAGGAGCCCAGUCUGCGCUGUGUGGAGCUGGUGCAUGAAGAGAUGCAGAGGAUCAUUCAGCACUGCAGCAACUACAGCACUCAGGAGUUGCUUAGGUUUCCAAAGCUCCACGAUGCCAUAGUAGAAGUGGUCACUUCUCUUCUCAGGAAGAGGCUACCAGUCACCAAUGAGAUGGUUCACAAUCUUGUGGCAAUUGAGUUGGCUUAUAUCAACACCAAACACCCAGACUUCGCAGAUGCCUGUGGGCUCAUGAACAACAACAUUGAGGAGCAGAGGCGUAACCGAAUGAGAGAGCUUCCCUCAGCGGUGCCCCGUGAUAAGAUGGCUGGAGGAGCUCAGGGGGAGCAGGAAGGAGGAUCUGGGACUUGGAGAGGCAUGUUGAAGAAAGGAGACGAAGGCCAGGGCGAAGACAAGACUAAACCACAGAGCUCCGUCCUCGCCAGCCCUCAGAAAGGAUACGCAGUGAACCUGCUUGAUGUGCCUGUGCCGGUCGCCCGGAAACUGUCUGCUCGUGAACAGAGGGACUGCGAGGUCAUCGAGAGGCUCAUCAAGUCGUAUUUCCUCAUUGUCCGUAAAAACAUCCAGGACAGUGUACCAAAGGCUGUGAUGCACUUCCUGGUUAACCAUGUGAAGGACAGCUUACAGAGCGAGUUAGUGGGGCAGCUCUAUAAACCCGCCCUGCUGGACGACCUCCUCACAGAGUCAGAGGACAUGGCCCAGCGCCGCAAUGAAGCCGCAGAUAUGCUGAAGGCCUUGCAGAAAGCCAGUCAUGUGAUCGCUGAGAUCCGAGAAACACACCUGUGGUGAAGUCCAGCUGAUGUACAGCCCCUCUCCCUUUCACUCGAACCCUGCGGUCUGCGUCAGCCUCGUCUCUCUUCUGUCUGGAUUUCACAGACAGCCAACUUGAAAAAUGCACUGGUGUCAGUUAGUGUGUAUUGAAUAUAAUCUUAUGUACUCAACGGACUCUUCUUUAAAUACACUGAGGGCAGCACAUAUCACUUCACACCUGCACACGUCCCAUUCUGUGAUCUCUCUCAUGUAUGUAAGCAGAUACAUAAUGUACGCUGCAGAUAAUGUGUGGCCUGUUAAAGGACUGUGUGUCCCUGAUCUAGCCUAAAUUAAAGGUAGUGAUACAAACAAAUUAAAGGGUUUGUCAUGAUGUUGUGGCUUCAUUUGCAACUUUUGGUAUGAUUGGACAUUUGCGAAAGUGCACUCAGUAAUAUUUUCAUGUAUUUCUGUUCGAUAUAGCCAUCGACUUCGGAUUAUAUUGACAAUGUUGCAGGAUCACACAAAAAUGUAUUGUGAAAAUAAUUACAGGGGCUACCAAGAUAAAGUGAGAAGCAUUUGACUGGUCAUGUGAUCUUAACUUGGUGGCCCCUAUAUAAGGGUGACAUGCUCAAUGUAAAUAAAUCCCCUUUUAUUAGACUGUUGAUAGUGAGUCUACAUGAUUCGAAACAUAAGCAGCACUCAUCUCUUUUGUGUGAAUGUAUAAAACUUUUUGAAUAAAACCAAAAUUACUAGAUGCA